AUGUCUGAUUCGUUGGACGGUGAUAUCGCUAAGAAUGAAGUUAUGAAUCUACAAAUAGAAUGGUCAAGCCCAGAGAAUAAUUCUUCAGAACAGAAACGUUCUCCACUUUGGCUUCGUGAAGUAACUUCAAAAGACGCUGAAAAUGGAAUGGAUGUGCAAGGAAUUACUUGGGAUACUCUUAAUGUUUCACGUCAACGAUAUCGUGAAUUAAGGCUCAUUGAUUAUAAAAAUUAUGAAAAUGUUCAAAAAUCUCAUGAUGAAAUAAAGAAGGAAAUUAAACCUGUUCGAACCAAUGCUCAAUUUUAUAAUUUUAAGUAUACAACAUUAUCACAUAGAUGUUCUAUUGUACAUUUUCAAUUGAGAAAUCUUUUGUGGUCUACAGGAAGAAAUGAUAUUUUUUAUACAUAUUCUCCGCGUAUUGGACAUUGGAAUUCAAUAAUGAAAAAAUCAGAUGUUGCAUUAGACUUAAGUUUAAAUAAUCGUAAUGCUGAGGCACUCUUCGAAAUUAGUACAUUCGCAUGCAAAGACAAUUAUUUGCUUGUUGGUGGAUUAUAUGGUGAAUUCGCAUGUCGAAGGAUUGACGCAGAUCCUAUCCAAUUUGGUACGAUAACAACAGAUGCUAAUGGAAUAACAAAUCAUAUGGAUAUUAUUGAAUCGCGAACAGGUGCUGCCGUUGCGGUUAUAUCCAGUAAUGAUAAAAAAUCCAGAAUUAUGGACCUCGCAACAUUGAGGUUUAUCGACACUUAUGACUUUCAAUGGCCAGUCAAUUGUACCUCGGUUAGCCCCAACAAAGAUUUAUUGUGUGUUGUUGGUGAUGAUACUGAAAGUAUUGUUGUAAGUGCGGAUUCGGGGAAACCCAUUGCCACCUUAAAAGGACAUAUCGACUUUUCGUUUGCAUGCUGUUGGAGUCCAGAUGGAAAAAUAAUCGCGACAGGAAAUCAAGGAGCUGUGAGGUCACUUCACUUUUCUGAAGAUGGCCGUUAUUUGGCCAUGGCAGAGCCGGCUGAUUUUGUACACAUAUUUGAUGCACAUACAUUUGAGCGAUCUCAAGUGAUAGAUUUAUUUGGGGAAAUUGCAGGCGUCACAUUUACACCAGAUGCAGAAGGAUUAUAUAUAGCAAAUGCUGAUGAAAAUUAUGGGGAUUUUGAGAAUAGUUUAUAUAACUUGAAUGAUUUAAAGAUAAACAUUGAAAAUCAACAUAGGAAUGAAAAUGAAAUGACAUUAUUAUGGGACUAG